AUGGAAGAAGACGUCGAGAGGAUUGUGGACUUCCGAGUGGCUGUCGUCGAUAUCGUCGUCGGUAAAACAUCUGUUGCUUUCAGAUGGUACGUCUGUCGGCAGGCUCGCCAGGUAAAUGCUGUCGCAUCACAUCAGUUCGACGGACGAGGCGACAACAGCGCAGGCAAAGGUCUGUUGGCUGCCGCAGACGAGUACAGCGUACUACUCGUCGAGAACGUCGAGAACUUUGCGUUCCGCAGCUCGACCGACUCGGGCGGUUCCGAGCCUACAAAGCUAAAUAGAGUCGAUGCUGUGCUCUUCAUUCCUGUCGUGUCGGCUUGUCGUCUGUUUAUUUCGUUUAUGUGCUUGUGGCUUGUUGUGGCUGAGAUCAUCGCUGAAAAGCAGAAGACGUCACUGUUAUGCACUGUAAGACAUACGGAGCAGUAA